AUGGCACCUAUUUCAUUUGACUUUGCCGCUGUGCCUACCGGCAUCUCGAAGGACCCAGAAGUCUCUGUCGCGGAGCUUGGCCCUAUGUCGCCUCGCCUCGAGGCAUUGGAGAGCCUUACAGUACCCAAACUCAGCACUAUUCACGAAAAGUCUGAUCUGACUGUGACACCUUGGCCACGCUUCGGCCGCUCUGUAAGCGUUGCUUUCAAGGGCAAAGGAACAGUACAUGACUUUCUUCGCUUCCUGAAGAAUGAGCGCUUCCGACACAUGCCUCACGAUGGCUCUAGCUGGGACAAGAUCCUGAAGUGGGCCGAUAACAUUGGCGGUGUUGUUCUGCUCAGUGUUGGUGUCCUGAGCGAGUUCAUGCUAAACAGCGAGGAAGCAACACACCUCAUCUGCGAUAAUUGCAUAUCUUUGAUCCAGCUUGGAUCAGCACACAUCAAAACCUUGCUGAAAGUCUUCAGUCAAUUCCACAAGAUCGCUCUGGCUCUUUCUGUUUUCCUGCGUCAAAACCAGCUCAUCAAGUCGAAUCCUGAGGUUCGCCUCGAGCUGGCACAUGCGUUCCAGGAGUUUUCACACUUGACACGCGAUGUUCACAUCUACUGUGUGGCUCGGUGCAGAGGUGUGCUGCCAGUCGACCAUGCUGAGUUGGGCGCAUUCAUGGUGCACGGCUCAGCAUCUUUCUACCGCCAUCUUGAAGGAGUCUCGAUCUCGAUGUGGUCCUCUUACAAGCAUUGCUCACAAUUCAAUGUGCGCGCAAUCCGAGAUUUCUUAACACCUCAGGACAGCGUUGUGAAGACAAUUUUGUCCAACCAACUGUACUCGGAAGCACGCCGCGCGGAGUACACAUGCGAGUGGUUCGCAGCACCCCUCAGAAAGUUUACAAAGAACGGCAAGAAGGUUCUCCUUGUCACUGGAGCUGCAUCUACCGGCAAGUCUGUACUUGCUCGCUGGAUCUACGAGAAGCUCCAGGAGUCGAUCGAUGACUAUCCAUUCGAUGUCCUUAGCUACACCAUCGACACCAACGUCAGGUACACUACAAGCUCACUGAACCUUAUCAAGAGCUUGCUCUUGCAGCUGCUAGACCGCAGGAUUGGCCGUGAGCACUUGCUGUCCCACAUUAACGAAGCUAUCGAGCACGCGCAAUCAGGUUGCCCAGCCAGUGAGAUCGAGGCUACCCUCUGGAAGGGUCUUGAGCAUGCGCUGGACGACCGCAAGCUACUGAUCCUUAUUGAUGGAUUGGAUCAGCUCAGCAGUCCCCGCAUCGGAAACCCGCCAGUACUUGAGAUCCUCGAUCGCAUCACAAAGUCCAAGAAGAAUGUCAAGGCUGUCGUAAUCAGCCGACCAGUAAGCGAUGCUGCGUUGAAGCACUGCCAGGAACACAUCUCGCUGGAGAAAGCCCACAGUGACGGCUCGCCAGACAUCAAGCACUUCGUACAAGAUUUCAUCUACCACCAUGCUGAGUUGCGACACCUGAAGGAAGCUGAGAGAAACGAAAUUGUCGAGAAGUACGCCGAGGCUGCCCACAACUCGUAUGUUAUCGCCGAGUUGCUCCUCCGCCAGAUCAAUACCGAAGAAUCCGCGGCGGAUAUCUUGAAAGCUCUGAAGCCCUCCAAGACUGCUGAAGAGCUCCUUGACCGCCAAAUUGGACGCCUCGACUCGAAGCGCCCUGAGACAAAGCACAUCCUGACCUGGCUUGUAGCUGCUGAACGCCCUCUAUCCUUGAAGGAGAUCAAGGCCUUGCUCGAAGUCGAUCUCGACGGCUGUGCUUACCGUCCCUUCUCUGGAGAUGUUGAGAAGACCGUUCGUCAACUCUGCACCCCACUCGUGACCAUCAGCGACGGUCUCGUCUCCAUUCGCCACUCCAGCGUCCGCGAGCGUCUACUUUCACACAAGGCGUCGAAAUUCGCUAUCGACCUCAAGGACGCUCAUCGAGAACUUGCCAUCCGUACUAUGGCUUAUAUCAAGAUCCAUAUUCGGCAACAGGAUAUCAAUCCUUCAUCUACCCUCUGCGACAUUACAGAUGUUCGAACUAGCUUUCUGCAACACGACCUCUUCGAGUACGCAGCUCGUUACUGGGUGUCUCACUUCCAAUCCUCUUCCAUGUACGAUAAGUCGACUGGCAAGAUUAACCCAUCAGCUCUGUUCAAGAUCGCCUUCUCCAGUACGACACGUCUGGCGCUCUUCGAAGGCUCGUGCCUCGCUCGACAGCACAUUGCCUGUGAUGCGGGGAAGUUGCAACAUCUCGCAUACAACGUCCGCAAGACUCUUCUGGGCGAGCACUCCGCCGCUGUCUUGCAGAGCUUGAUUCUGGAGCUCUACAUCGGACGAAAGUUCAAGAGCACUACCACUCUAUGCGAGUACUCCUUCGAAGCUUGGAAGCUGAGCCGACAGAUCUGCUCUGCGGUCACGAUUCAGAGCCUGGCUGAGUCUUUCAUCAGAUACUCACAGACCUUGACCGUUUCUGAGCACUCGCAUCUGUGCGCUCACAAAGUUGAAGUUCUCGAGUAUUCGGUUGAAGUGUACAAGCACAGCCAUGUCGAGUUGAAGUACAUCGAAUACUUGACGAUUUUGGCCGAGCUUCACGUUGAGUUUGGACACAUCCAGAAGGCCGUGGUCGUCUACCGCCAGCUCUACCGUCUGCGACUCCAGACCUGCGGACACCUUCACAAGCAUACGCACACCUUGUUCCAACUUCUGAUUUCGUACUUGAAGCAGCUCUCCCUUCACGAUGAAGUCCUUGAAGUCUACCUCGAAUACCACACACAUGUGGAGACACUGCUAAUCACAGACGAGCGCCGUAUUAGCUCCACGCUUGCUCUGAUUGCGAGCUACGAGGAACGCAAGGAAAUCUUCAAGGCGGAGCAGGUCCUCGUACGCUUCUGGAAGAGCGUCUCCGUUUCCAGGUCCACCACCCGCACCACCGAACUCAAGGUCGACUUCGCCCUCAAGUACUCCAAAUUCUUGUUUCGUCACUCACGCAAGGAAGAGUCAGAGGUCAUUCUGCGCGGUGUCUGGACCGAGAUUCAGUCUUACAGCUAUGAGUCCCGCUUCGAAUCAACGAUGAUCAAGAAGGUACAAAAGAUUGCGAAGUACUUCUCUCGCCUUGAGGUCUUCAGCAUGUCCCGCUCGAUCUAUCAGUCUCUGUACGAACACUACGAGAGCCACGAGCAGCGCACUUCGACCGAAUGCAUCACAAUCGUGCGUUCUCUUGCCGAAACAAUCACCAAGUCGAUAUCGUACUCGAAGACUGUCAGCAAGUCCGAGACAAGCACCACUACGACUAGCACUACGAUCGUUUCGAGCGAAGAGAAGACCCUGACCGAGAUCUUUGAGAGUUGUAUGGAGUCCACCGAGAUCACAUCGACUACCAUUUCCAUUUGCCAGGCUCUCUGCACAAGCUACAUGUACGAAGAGCGCUAUGAGAAAGCAUGUGAGAUUUACAGCAGAGUCAUCUGCAAGGUCUGGGCAAGCCUGGAGACUUCAGUGUCUGUCGAUGUUACGGAAUUCGUCGAAUAUCUCAGCGAGGAGGUCUUCGAGCUGGCUUUCAGUUUGGCGCACUGUCACUUCAAGAUGCUGCGAAUCGACGUUGCGGAGACAAUCUACUUAAAUCUCUUCCGCGCUCUGAUCUGCAUCCGACACAUCGAGAACAAGCACUUCCUGCUUGCCAAGAUCAAGCUGGUUCUGGAAUUCUUCAAGGUCACGUACAAGUACGAGCGUGUCAUCGAGAUCUACCGUGAGCUGUUUGUCUAUAUGCCCAUCGCAUGGGGCAAGACGCACAGGGAGACUAUCCUGGUGUUGAUCGAGUUCGCCAGGAUCUGCUUCAGGAUGUCGCUGUACGAAGAGGCUGCCACUGCUUGCUUCUACGUGUAUUCUUGCUUUCACAUCGCCCACGGCUGCCUCCAUUUUGAUGGAUUCGAGGCUGCCUUUCUGCUCUGCCAGAUCUACGAGAUCCAGUGCAAGUGGGAGCUUGCUUACGAAGUCUACGGCUACUUGUGGCGCACAUUCGUUCGUUUUGGUGCUGAGUACUCACUUGAUGUCAAGAUCAUCCAGAAGAUCUUCACCCGUUACGUUUUCAUCCUCGAGCACCAUCAUCACGUCGAGUAUUCUGUGUACCUCCAGAUUGCUCGGGAGUACCAUGAGAAGUGCGUUGCCUUUUAUGGUCAUCACCACGAGAUCACCAUCAAGGCUACCUUACAUUACGCGCACGUCUGCGAGACUAGAGAAGAACACCGAGAGACCUCCAUCUCUUUGUAUGAGCAGGUCAUUAAGUACUGCAAGGAGGCUCAUACUGAGUUCAGUAAGAAGACUCUCCACACCUGUAACACCAGGAUCGCCAAGAUGUACGCUUCGGAGACCAAGCACAUCACUAAAGCAGUGAGCAUCUACAAGGAGCAGUAUGAGAGCUACAGCAAGACCGAGCGAACUUCGAAGGAGACCUUGACGGCCCUCCACAGCCUGGUCAUCACCUACAAGAAGCAGGAGACAAAGGAGUCUAUAUCUGCUGCCACAAGUACUCUCAAGAGCAGCUCUAUGGAGAUCUUCCAACACGAGAGCCGCUCUGAAAAGCUGAUCGAGUCCGCACGUAGCAUUGCCUCGAUUUACAAGGAGUGCAAGUUCUCAGAGCAUGCUGAAUCUCUCAUAACCGAGAUGCGCAGCAAGGUUGUUGAAGCGAUUAGAUCUUCUGUCACAUCAUCGACCACUGUCAAGUCGAAUGCCUAUGUCUUCUUGGCGACCUUCCAAGAGUCGAUCUCGGAAUCUUCAUCCUUCACCUCGGUGAUGUCCGAGCUGCGGUCAGAGGUGCUCAUGUACACAUCGUACUUCCAGUCCACUAAGAAGCAGACCAACUACCGCUCGAUUAUCAAGUCGGGAUGCAGUUUGUACUUCCACCUACUGGAGAGGAAGACAACCCGCAACGCCGAGUUUGUCAAGAUCGAGAAGGAGCUCACAGAGUACUUCCGCAAAUAUCUCAACCUCUCUCGUAACGUCCAAGAUACUACAAUGCACUACUUCUUCCAGCUCUACCUCAAGCAGGUCAGCAAAACUCACUACGAGCAUGAGGUCGUUCGCCAAGCGACCGAGACUGUACUUAAGUUCACCAAGACCGCCAAGUUCACGGAGGCGUACGAUCUUGUCUUGCUCAUCGACCGAUUCAUCCAUAUCAACGGUGGCUUCAAGUCAGAGUUCUACAUCUGCACUGGAUUCAAUGUCUCGAGAUACCUCGUCGGUAUCGGCACCAACAAAUGCGGCGACGAGAAGCUGUAUGCCUCUAUGGUUGAGCUUUCCCGCACUAUCUUGCAAGAGGCUCUAGCCAGCCUGGAUGACGUUGAGAUUGAGCUUCACGAGCUGCAGCACCUGCUGACUGACCUUAUCUCUACAUUGAGCCAGCAGAAGAGGUACCAAGAUCUUGAGCGCAUCCUCCAGCUUCUGUGGAAGACCAAAACCAUCCGCAACAACCUCUCUUCUAGCCCGUUGGUACUUCACAUCGGCCGAAGCCUCGUGCAGACGCUGGCCGCUCUCGGCAGAUACUCCGAUGCGAUCCAUCUUUGCUACCACAUCAGAUAUAACCUUGAGUUCAUCCGCGGUGCCCUGGACAGAUCCACUCUUGAGUUCACGGUGCUCCUGUCCGAGCUCUACACAACACAGAAGCGUUACCGCGAUGCAUUCGAGCUGCACGAGGACAUCAUCUGCCGUCUCGGCGAAGGCCAGACGGCACCCGGUCUCAAUGCUGUCGACGUUGCAAACAAGCACACGGAGCUCCUGAAGUUCGCUUUCAAGCGCCACGGCAAGUUUGACAAGGGCGUUCAGCAGUACGAGGAGCUCUUCCGUGCGUUGGACGAAGAGUUUGGCAACGAUAAGGCGUGGAAGGACAAGCGUCCUCAGCCUGAGAAGUGGACGCUUGGCGUGGGGAAAGACGAGAUGUUCGGGUGCUGGAAGAAGCCCGAGAAGUUCGAGUGGAAGAUUGAGGAGGAUGAGAGUGCUGGCGAGCGGAAGUGGAGGGAGGAGCUUGUUAAGAGGAGGGUCAGUGGUAACCUGUGGGCUAAAGAUCCUUCGGUCGAACCUUUGAACGCACAAAUCGUGUACUAG